AUGAAACACGUUUGUACGACUUCGUUGAUCGUCUCAUUGCUAGUGAUUUUCACUAACGCACAAACCUUUCAAUAUUCCCGCGGAUGGACCAAUGGGAAGCGAUCUUCUACUGAGCCAUCCGGUUCUGGUCAAGUGCUGAUACCGCGCUUUAAUGCCGCCUUGGACAAAGCGAAUGAUAAGUGCAGAAUGCUUAUUCAACAUCUGUUAAAGUCUCCUUGCGAUGUUCGGAUAGCGAAUGCGCUGAUUAAUCGCAACAAGGACCUACGGCAACAGCUGGCGAGUGAUACGGAUACGAUGACCAUUCUGUACGAUCCGAACGGCCUAGACAGCGGCAGCAGUGAGGAGCUCCGAUUGAAGCGGGACACUCACCAACCAACUGGCCGCCAUCCGAUCGGCGGAUUAGUGCGAUUUUAA